AUGUCGGACAUUGAAUGCUUCAGCGACGAUGAUGACGAUGACGAUGGAUGGGAAAGCGACCAAGAAAUAGAAAGUGAUAGCGACUUGCCUAAUGCAGAAAAAGAGGUAGAUGAAAGUCAAGAAGGAAUUACAACUAAUGAAGAAGUACAGAAAGUAGAUAUUCCGAAUAAAAUUACCCCGCAGCCUGGGACCAGCCGUGAACAGACACUUACAAAGAAGGAACAAGAGAAGCUAAAAAUAAGCAAUAUCAACGGCCAGAUACAACAUAAAUUAAAAGAAUUCAGGACUGUAGACGAUAUUUCGGAAGAAGAAUUUCAAAUAAGAUUAGACCCAAGUGAACCGGUUAUUUCUGCAAUUCCUUUCAAUACAGGAAAAUAUAAAGGCUUUCUUCUGGUUCAAAGAUUAACAGGUUCUGAACUCUCAACUCUAAUACUUAAAAGACUUGAAACAUUGGGAUUGAAUUCGCAGGAUAUGAGGGGACAGGCUUACGAUAAUGAGACCAACAGGAGAGGCGAUAAAUCUAGAAUAAAGCGGUAA